AUGAUUCCGGUCAAGCCCGUGUGCAAGAACCCGAAGAACCUCUUCUGCUUCGUGUGCGGCGAGUACACACCCUCUCAUCACAAACGCUCGAUCAUGACAAGGCCGAUGUUGGACGCUUACGAGGCAUUCUUUCAGGAGCGCACCUCCAAGAGAAAUUAUCCUUACGGACCACCUUCCGUCUGCAACGUCUGCAACAAUAUCCUGCUCCGGUGGAAGGAAGGAUUGCCGACCCCGACGUGUUUCAAAUUCAGCGUUCCGAUGCUCUGGAGCCAACCGACCAAUCAUGCGGUGGACUGCUACUUUUGUCUGACGCGCACCAUCGUAACGGAUGUUAGUCGCGCUGAUGGAUUUAGCAAGAAAAUGGCCGUUAAGUACCCGAGAAAUCUGAGUACCGCAAAGCGGCCUGUUUACGUGGUGGCUCACACAAUGCCGAUUGAUUCCGACUGCCAUCAAGAGUCCAAAGAAAUCGCACCGGACACCAACAAGAUGGAUGAAUCGAAACAAACAACAAGACCGACCGCCACGCUAAGGGCCACGAGAUCUGCGAUCGCAGCUGCCUCUGCCACGAAUGUUGCUGCGACAGCAUCCACCGUAACACAGAGUCCAACUCACCUGAAUGUGGUUAAAACCCUCAACACCCGAAGCAGUCUACCGUCGAUGAGCAUCGGAAUGACGAAGGGCACAUUCGCCAAACGAUCGGCAACCUCAUCGGCCGUUGAUACCACUACGGAGGAACCCAAAAAACCACGCAUCUUGCGCCACUCACUACCAACUACUAACAUUCAAAAAGCUGUCACAAGGGAUUCUCCAGAACUGAUUUUACUAACCCCCGAGAAAAUGCCUGUUUUGUGUAAAGAAGCCGAGUCAUCACCGUCCCCCAAGAAAGAACCAAUACUGACUAUCGAGAUCGAUGACGAUGACGAUAAUCCUGUCGAUGAUGCGAACGGUGAAGAAGUUGACGAGCCGCAGCAACAGCAAUCGGAACCGGAACCGAAACCGGAACCGCAACAGAAGUUUUCACCACCAGCGCUGUCGCCACCGCCGUCACCAAAGGCGUCACCCCUGCCUUCGCCAUCGCCGCCACAAGGACAGCAAAUCCUUCCUUCGCCGGAGAAAUCAAUGGUUGUUGUUGACACAAACCUAAUCCGUGUGAUGCAGACAACGCCGGCGGUAAAAAAAAUCGUUACCAACGCCACCGACACUACGCUAGCUGCGAAUGCAGAAAGGUGCACCAGUACCGUAGACGAUAAUAGCCCGUCUUCGCACGCGGAACCGCGCAGGAUCGUUGUUGCCAACGUUAACGGUAUAACGGUGUCCAAAACGGUGUUACCGAACGAAAAAACUCCAACGAAAACAAUUAAGGUAAUUCCGACAUCACCGACCAAGAUGGUGCGAAUUGUCAACCGGAUCGUCGCCACCAAAAACAUCACCAACAUCCCCACCGACACGUCCGACAGCAGCACCACGGACACCGUUGACAGCACCACCCAGAGCUCCUCCAAACCCACCAGCAGCCCCAGCGUCAGCCUGCACACGGAACCCCAUCGCAUAACGCAAUCGGAACUGAUAAUUUUGCUGCGCGAUCUUGAGCUUCCGCGGGAUAAAUCGGCCAUACUGAUCGAUCGACUCAAGCGCUGGAACCUGCUGGCCGAUCGACUUGUCGGCCGCUGUCGCCCGGCUGCAUCGGACACGACCCCGGUAUGGACACCUGUCAAGACCGACUUCCAAAUCGGUCGUUUCAAGCGGGUGACAUUGGAAAUGCAGCCCACCUGCACAAAAUCACUCGACUCUGUUCCGCGCCCAUCAUGCUCACCAGGGGCCAGCGUCACGCCUAGCACCAGACUGCAUCCAGUACCAAAACGCAUGGUGCUACCGAAGGUUCUCGUCGCAGGUCAACAUCAAUCAAUCGGCGGAGCAGGAAACCGCCUUGAGAAACCGCCGGAAGCUCAUGUAUCUUCGCUCUGAUAGCAUUGUUCCGAAACUUCUUGUGUUACGAUCUAAAACAGUUAAAACACUGUCCACACGCCAAUAAAAUGACACCAACCGGGAAUAAGGCGUGCUGUAGAAUCAAUUAUGAUCAAUUAUUUGAGAGACCUUUUCUUUUCAAACUUAUGCGACAGAUUUUUAAAUGAACACCGAAUUCACAAUAAAAUAGGUCAUAGAAACAAAAGUAAACAAUGAGAAAAUAAACCGAUAUCGUUUGGUAUAUUCUACCAUGACACAGAAGUUUUAAACGCGCCUUUCUGCCGGACGGACACAGAAAGUGCAGUGGCACGUCAAACAGAGUUUCACAUCUAAGCAACUAUAUUAAUGUUUUACAUAAUUGUUACUGUACAUAUUGCAGAAUUUGAAUAUUAGCUUAGGUUUUAAGAGCAAACUUCUGACUUUCAAAACUCCUUAGGAUGUAAUCUCGUGAAUUAUGUGAGUUGAUUUUGAUCGCAAUCAAUUUCAACAUCAUUUCACUCGAAAAUCGUUUCGCGCGUUAUCAGCAAAGGAUUUAGUUACUUAUGAGCUGUAAUAGCAUACUUGUUUCAUAAUUUGUGUUAUUCAAAUUGCUGAACUAAAGGUAAGAAAGACAAAAA